AUGCCACCAAAAACAAAAGUCAACAACAAGCCAGACGUAAGAAUGAAGCAUGUUCCAGCAAUUAGCAUUCUGAUCGAGAACCUUGGGUUUCAACCCUCUGCUCGUACAGAGUCGGACGCCUUCAUCGGAGCAGUGCAUUCAUGGCGAAAGAACUACAAGACCGAGAAGGGCCUUCCCGGGAAUGAGCUGUUACAAUGGAAUAACCCAGAAAUUCAGCAUGAACUCGAGCGCAUGGCAGAGAAGUUUGUCGAGUAUAAUCUCGCCGGCGAGUUGGCGUGGUCAACGGAGCGAGACUGGUUCGAGGGCUCAGAACUUGAGUAUCCUGACGACAAAGAGGAAAUCAUCCGCAAUCUAAAACAGUUGUUCUGGAGACAAAAUAAAUACGCGGAGAAGAAUGCGAGUUAUAUACCUUCGCUUAGGGAUGGAGGAUCCAGCGCGUCUUCUGCAUCUGCAAAGGCUGCCAGGACGAAAACAAAUGUCUUUUCAACAAGCUCUAAUAGUUGCACUGAUUCGACAUCGAUAACAGAAAGUAGUAACAUUACUGCAAAGCACAAGCAGCCCGCAUCCACAACGACAAACGGGCAAGGCACAUCGACCACGAGACCUGCUCUUUCCGAUAUAUUCGACGGUCCAAACGAUUCAAACGUUGAUCCUACCGCAACGACUCCAUCGAAGAAAAGGGGGAGAAGUGAUGAUGAUUUUGAAACUUCACCACGUCGAACAUACAGAAAACGAGCUGCACCAAGCCGUCCUGGAUUUGUCCAAACAGAAGAAAUGGAUGAUAUUCUAUCAGAACCUGAUCAGAAUGUGAUGGAAAGUGUGGAACAGGUAGCAUCAUGUCAGCCCCGUCCGUUUGCAUCGCUGGAGCGCGAAUAUCGAGAAGCGGAGGCUCCUUGCGCGCCUGUAGCACCUAUGGGCAUUGGAGAACAAUCGACUGCUACUUCGCAUAUCCCGCAACUCGAUGCUAGCGCAGAUGAACCUAAUACGCGACCAAUGAAGUUGAAAUGUGUCGCAAAGCCAUCGUCACCGCAGUCAUCGAGCCCAAAGACAGCUACGGACUUUGGCGAGCAACAGUGGUUGGAGCAAACGAUCGCAUACUUUACGAAGAAAGACCGCCCAGUGACCGAAAAUUCGAACUCAAUAAGCAUGCAGUAUCAUGUUCCAUAUGUCGAAGACGAUGUAGAUCGAAGUGCUAGUACCUACGGCGUCCAAGUCAGAACUGGACCAAGCACGGAUGAAUCCGAACAAAGACUGAGAGCAACCAAGCAGCCAGAAGCAGCAUCACCACAUCGUAACUCGCAUAAAGUCACCGAAGUAGAUCAAUACCACUUGCAGGAAGAACUUGCACUCGAAAACAAUACAAAGUUGACGACGCCAAUGCCCAGCGUGGAACCACCUGUAUCCAAGACUCCUAUCAAGUCCUCUCCGCCAAACGAACCAUCGAAACCAUCAAAUCCAAAGAGCGGACCAUUACGUAUCCAACCCUGGAUCAUAACCCACAGUCCUCAAUACACGCAAGAACUCUGCUCGACACUCAAGUUCCAAGGUAUCUCUCUCGAGGCAUUCACAUCGAACGUAACCAGCUUCACGCAGAAUCAUGGCAUCCUCGAACAUUUCAAGCUGAACCUCCAAUCUCCCACAUCGCACACAAAGCUUACGGUAUAUCAAAAUGAUGAAGCUUCGUGGGUGGCUGCAAAGGAAGCAUUGGCGGAGAAUAUAAAGAAGGCGAAAUCGGAGGCGAGGAAGCUGGGGAAGAGCGAGACUCUGAAGAUUUUGGUGGAGCCGGUAUAUAGAGAACCCGUUGAUCUUAGUGGUAGUACUGAUGAUGAGGAUGAGGAGCUGGACUUUUGA